AUGCGGUCCUUUCUCCGAUUUUUCGCUGUUUUCUUGAUGUUCACCAUGAUUUUCGCAGGGGAGGAGGACGAAAUGAGUCUGAAAAGGAUAUUGGAUGUGAAGAGUUUGGCUAAGCUGAUAUCGGUAAGUGUUUCGAAUAUUUUUGAGUUGGUUUUUAGGACAAAACGGCUGGAAUCAGAGUUUUGGAUUGCACCUAUGCAGUCGGGCCUAAACCCGAUUAUAAACAAUUCAAAGAGCAAUGGUAUGCAAAGUUUGAGAGGUUGAUGGCACGACCAACACAGUAAGGGAGCUAUGUCUAAGCUUUACGGGGUUCUUCCGGGUUGAAAAAUGGGAAAAUUUUGGAUAUCAAAUAUAUUAUACUUGGUUGAAAAGAUGGCGAAUUUUGAUUGUAAAUCUAUUUCAAAUAGAUGUGCAAGGGAUGUUUACAGUUCAUUUUUGCUGUUUAGGAGUAGUUUGAUCUUUUUCGAGACUGCAGUCCACCGAAUUUUACAAGAGUAUAUUAUCCAUGAAGAAAGAAGGCAAUUUUUGAUCGAAGCAAGGAAUUGUAAUAACGAAAGGGGUUGUUGAUUGUUUCUAAAUAACUUUUACCAUCCAUCAUCUCUGUUUGAUUCGUUUGUGAAGGCUUUUUGAUAUUGCACUUGUAUCUGCCAGAGGUCUCGCCACGAAAACUUGCAACUGUUAGAAAUGACUAAACUGAUGAUUGAAAUAGUCUCUCGUCGGUUUGAUACUACUAUUUACAUCUAAAUACUCAAAAAUUUUCAGACAGAAAGCCCUCUAUCUGCAGUCUCAUAUCCCCGGAUCAGUUCAUUUUGAUAUCGACGCAGCCAUGUAUCCCGGCGAAUUCGAACGCUUCAGUAUGUACCCGCCAGCCGAAUUCGAGCAGUACGCACAAUUAUUGGGGAUCAAUCAGUCGGAUCAUCUUGUUUUUUACAGUCGCGGGCCUUUUGGUGGGAUGAUGUUCUCUUCCAAGGCAUAUUGGCUAUUCCGAGUGAGUUUUUCAAUUUUUUUUGUUGAAAUUUAGGGUAAAAUACGGUUUAGCCCACUGCACGCCACGAAAAAAGUGGAAAUAGAGAAAUUCGCGGGAAAAUGUUUUGCGACAUUUCAUACGCUGAAACCUUUUCAAGUAAAUACUAAUCGCGCUCAAAAGUCCUGACAAUUUUCGCACCGUGCGAAACUUUGGGUUUUGGACGUCGCCCCUGCAAAUUCGGGUUCGUCGCGCGCAAAAGUGCAUGUCGCUAGUGCAAAAACGGGAAAUUGCGGCGACAAAUGCGAAAUGAAAGAAGAAUGCACGGUGCGAAAGUUCGGUUUUUGGACGUCGCGCCCGCAAAUUCGGGGAAAUCGCGGCGACAAAUGCGAAAAAAUGCACAGUGCGGAUGAAAUGAAAGAGAAUGCACGGUGCGGAAAUUGUCAGGACUUUUGAGCGCGAUUAUUACGCUUUUUCAAAAGUGCAGACACAUUUUCCGGCCUUUUUUGAAACCGCACCGUGCAUGUUGCGCGACGCGAUCCUUUUCGAAACAUUUUGCACUGUGCAAUUCCCCAAAGUUCGCGCCGCCUCCGUUGAGAAAAGCUUGCGUCGCAGCGAUAUUGCAUUUGCACGGUGCAAAAGGUCAAAUGCACCCCGCAAAAAGGGGUUUUGUGCACGGUGCGGCCCACGACAAAAUGUGUCUGCACUUUUGAAAAAGCGUAAUAGUAACAAAAAUGGUUCCAAAAUUCUACUAGUCGCGCCAUAAAGUCCUGACACAUUUUGCACCGUGCGAAAGUUCGGGGUUUGGACGUCGCGCCCCCAAAUUCGGGUUUGUCGCGCGCGAAUGUGCACGUCGCUAGUGCAAAAACGGGAAAUCGCGGCGAGAAAUGCGAAAAGAUGCACCGUGCGGAUGAAAUGAAAGAAGAAUGCACGGUGCGACGUCCAAACUCCGAACAUUCGCACGGUGCAAAAUGUGUCAGGACUUUAUGUCGCGACUAGUAUUACGCUUUUUCAAAAGUGCAGACACAUUUUGUCGUGGGCCGCACCGUGCACAAAACUCCCUUUUGCGGGGUGCAUUUUGACCUUUUGCACUGUGCAGCCGGAUAUCGCUGCGGCGCAAGCUUUUCUCAACGGAGCCGGCGCGAAUUUUUUGAAAUUGCACAGUGCAAAAUGUUUCGAAUCGGAUCGCGUCGCGCGGGGAACACGAAACUUGCACUGUGCGGUGCAAAAAAGGCCGGAAAAUGUGUCUGCACUUUUGAAAAAGCGUAAUAAUAAACAACAAUUUACGUGUGAAACCGGCGAGAAAGCAUCGAAAGGCAUCUAGGAGGUGCACCCCAAACUUCUUAGAUUGAUCAAAGAAGAGAAAAGAAAUCAUAUUGUACUAGGCAAAAUUGGAUCAAAAUCGAUGAAUCUGACCGAAUUCGAGCUCUUCCGGGGUUUGCAGGGCUUUGGUCCUGCUACAACAGACCAAUACUAUCAGUCUGUCGGAAAAAUAACGGCGGAUCGUCGCAGUAAAAUGUCUCGCCUCGCCGCUAUCGCGCACCAAAUCCCAAGUCGCGGCUUGCAGUCGCAAAGCGAUGAUGAGCGAUUCCGAGGCGCGACGAUCCGCCGUUAUUUUUCCGACAGACUGAUAAAUUGAAAUUCAUCAAAUCUUCUUUAUGUCCACCUAAACAUCAAACCAAUAAGAAUAAUUAAAACUACAUAAAUUUUCGACAAUUCAUCGAAUUUGUCGGAUGCAAUCUGAACUCGGAAUUCAAUCUCCACACCCAUUGGUACAUUAUGCUGGCUUUCACAUUCUACUUCAACAUGGACCGGCUGAAAUAUCAAUUAUAUUAUUUUAGGUAUAACCAGAGAAAAUUAUUAGCUCAAUGGCCUAGAAAAACAAAAAAUCAAAAAGGCAACGUCACAAACUUACCUUGAAAUGUUCUAAACGUCGUCUGCUUCCUCUGAUCCAGCUUUGCUCACGCCUUCUCCAGCCCUUUCUUGCGUUUCUCCGUCAGUUCCUGCAAAAUGGUACAAUAACGAACCGACAAGUGCCCUUUUUCGAUAGUAAAAUUUCCAGAUUUCUUCUUUAUAACGUCCGCUAAGAUGUCUCACACAACACCACAUGGCGAUUAAUCAAAAAUCUGGGUGCAAAAAGAGAAAUCCUACCUUUUCUGGAGACACCAUCAGCUCUUGCAGAACGAUGCAGUAAUGAACCGACAAGCGCCCUUUUUCAACUGUAAAACUUCCAGAUCUCUUCUUUAUAACGUCCGCUAGGAUGUCUCACACAAAUCAGAUCAGCUCCUUUGUACCUAAACCGGAUGAGUAAAGAGAAAUCCUACCUUUUCUGGAGACACCAUCAGCUCCUGCAAAAUGAUGCAAUAAUGAACUGACAAGUGCCCUUUUUCUAUAGUAAAAUUUUCCGAUUUCUUCUUUAUAACGUCCGCUAAGAUGUCUCACACAACACCACAUGGCGAUUAAUCAAAAAUCUGGGUGCAAAAAGAGAAAUGUUACCUUUUCUGAAGACACGUCCAUAGCUGCAGAAUCAAUGUUUGGGUCACAGCGCGGUGGGCCGGGCUCCAUGGACUUAUCCGUUACAUUCAACACUUGAAACUCAAAGCAACGUAAUUUUAAAGAUAAUAUACUUCCCGAAAUUGUUCCAUAUCUCAGAGUUACAAUACUAUCUUACACAAUAUUCAUUCCAUCAAAAAAAUCAAAAAUAUUGGGCGCAGCUCGAAAUCUCUAUUUCCAAUUUUGCCUUACGUUUUUCGUGGCGUGCCACUGGGAAUUAAUUUCCGACAAUUUGAAGUCAAUGUGCCUCUGUGGCGCAGAGGCAGUGGGUUGAAUUUGGAAAAAAAUUGGCCCGAGUUCGAGUCCCAGCUCGUUUUUUUUUUUGCAAAUGUAUUUGGGAAAGGGUUUUAAAAUUAUUAAAACAAUUCAAUAAAAAAUUUUUCAGUCCUACGGUCACGAGAAAUUGUCAAUUUUGGACGGGGGUUUCGCGGCUUGGCAAAAGGAAGGGCAAGAAGUGGAGAAAUCAAAGGACUACCCCCAAGUUCAGAAAGGAAAUUGGAAAGCGAAGGACACAGUGGCGCAAUUCAUAAUGCCAUUUGAGGAAUUCAACAAAGAAGGAGGUGUUUUGGACCAUCCGGACCAAUAUAAUCUCCUGGAUUCGAGAAUUCGCGCUCAAUUUGAUGGAAAACAGGAUACAGGACUUGAUCCGAACAGUAAGUCAGGGUCAUUGUGAGCUGUGAGGUUGAUUUUGAUACGAUGCAAUGGAAGGCGACUUCGUAUUUUACAAUUUCUUCCACUUGGACUCGAACUUUUUCCAAAUUUUUUUGAAUUUUUUUACCAGUUGCGCUAUCGGGGCACAGUCCUGGAAGUUGGUAAAAUACGUGGUUUGGAGAAAUUGUCAUUUAAUUUUGCUACUUUUUUCAGAAGUAAAUGGCACCAGAAUUCCACAUACAACGAAUAUUCCGGCGUCUGAAGCCGUUGGCGACGAUGGUCUUCUGAAGCCGCUGGAGGAACUCAAAAAAGGUAAAUUUCAAAUCAAUACGAUCCAAGGGCAUUGGGCAUGACUUUGAAUUUAAUUUUUGGGCUUUUGGACCUGAUUUUAAUUUGAAGCCAGGGCGCAGCUUGCCAACAACAAACCGCUAAUUUAGAAUGAGAAAACGGUGGGGAUGUUGUAAAAUACGCCACAGGCACUUUUACUUUUAUUUCAUUCCAUAAUUUGGCCAUUUUCAAAAGCCGACCUGGGCGCAACUCGCCAAAUUAAAAACCCGAAAUUUGUCGGAAAUCUUUGAAGGUUUUGCUAAAAUAAGACCAAGGUUCGACUAAAUUCGAAUUUCAGGCCUAUUCGCCCCCGAAGAUCCCACAAAACCAGUCAUAACUUACUGUAACACCGGAAUGCAAGCAUCUGUAAUAUCGGUCCUCCAAGACGCCCUAUUCCCCGACCAUCCGGCCCGAAUGUACAACGGCGGUCUCAUGGAGAUGGCGCAACGAGCCCCCAAACGGAUCAGCGACGGCCCGCAACACUUGGUUGAAUAG